AUGCGCAGGUAUGUCCGGAGCACGUAUCCGUUCCGUUACCGAGGUCCGAGAGCCUACUCGGACAUUGGUAACGCGAAACGGACAUGCUCCGGACGUUUCUGGGCGAUUCUAGGGAUCCCUUAAGAGUGCCGAGGCUACUAAAGGAGUCUCUAGGAAUGCCCCGACACGUCCGAUUCGCGUCCCGUUCGCGUUACCAAGGUCCGAGUAGUUAACAUAACUUCCAAAUUAUCAUCAGAGCGCACUUUGUUCUUUAAAAAUAGCCAAUUACUUUCUGAAAAUCAGUGAAAGUAUCUGAUGGCAGAACAUGGUGAAGAAAAACAAAAAAAAAAUAUCGCUUUUUUGUCAUAUACUCACUGGGAGGCACGUAGGAUCUCUCGAAACGGGUACAGUGAAAAUGAAGGCGAUCGAAGACCGAAAAAAUGACAGAAAGAUUUUUUUCACGCUAAAAUCAUACUAUAUAUUGUUUUUUUUAAAUUAAAAAAAGCAGCUCAAAAGCCUUCAUUUUCUCCACUACCCGUUGUGUGGGCGUUUUGGUUGUUGGUUGGAAUGAUUUCAGGAUCUAUACUGUCGCUAGAAAAAGAAAAAAAUUUAAAAUGAAGUAAUAACCGAGGAAAAACAGCCAUUGAUUAUAAAAAUAAUCCUUUUUCUCUUCAAUUAGUAAAAAGUCUAUAUCAUUUUGUCAUAGGGAAAGCUUAAAAAGUCCAGGAUCAUUGAAACUGUAAAAAUACUUAAUUUUGGAUUUUAGGUUUCAAAAGGUUCUUAUUAUAACUUGAAAUGCCAAGGAACAAAAAACAUGUUUUUCUAGCUAUUUUUAAAGUUUUAAAGUUCAAAAAGACCUCCAAUUCGAGUAGACGGUAUUCAUAUACCCCGAAAAGUUCUACCAAACCAAAUUUUCUAUGAACUAAAAACUAUUUUUCUGAACAUCUCCCUUGGCUUCAAAUUCAUAACUAUAGAAGAUCACGGUUCUGAUAAAAAAAAAAUAGAAAAAAGAGAACUAACAUCAUAAAAAUCGUAGCCUCAAGCGUCCAGUUCCAUUUUGGCGAUUUUCAGUUCCUCCUUUACACGACAUUUUGGAGACCUGAAUAUAGUAACUUUAUCGGCUUUCAAAAAUUUCAGCUCACCAUUUGAAUUCCGCAAAUUACUUGUACAUAGCUUCCUGAGCCCUUGAAAGAAGCCUUAAAAUCAAAAAAGUUGAAGUAAAAUGUCAAAAUUAUGGAAACUGUAGACUAGCUUCUUGGGACGGACCAAUGCGUUGCGAUCGCGUAGCGUCUUCUUCAAAAUAUCAGUAGGUCUCUUACUAGAGAAUGGUCUCCCUAACUUUUUUCACAGACCUCGAGGACAGUUUUUGUGAUCAGAUUUGGAAUCAGCGUGAAAAACUACAUCUAGUGAACCUAGUCUCAUUCAGAAGUCCCACUGCGAAUGGAAACCUACUUCCGCAUGGCGAUAUCCUAAAGCGUUAGGAGGAAACCGCUCAAGGUCGGGCGCAGUUACAGAGCAGGCAAAACUAAUUCAAACCGCAACGCAACCGCGACGCAUUGAAUCAUUCCUAGCGGUUCAAAGCCGUCAAAAAUCGGGAAUAGAGUUCAAAAUGUUUCACAAGACUACAACUACAAAAAUUAAAAAACAUCCCUCAAACUAUUCCUCAAGCUUCUAUCUCCACUCAAAUUUAAAGAUGUACAACCGAUCCUGGUUGUUCUGCCGGGAUUUGAUCCGAGCCGCGCUUCGCCCUACUUCCAGGACCUUUUGUACCUGGAGCCAUUGGCGCGACGCCGCGUCAAACGCGCCAGAUACUGUCCCAUCCUAGGUGAAGAGGAAUGCGAGCAUGACCCCCCAAGAAAGUUUGCCGCUUUUACCUGGGAAAGGGCUGAAUUUACCUGGAGACAACUUUUAAUCGAAGCUAUUUUCGUUUUGUGCCAAAAUCAUCUUUUAAAAAUGAGUAUUUUUUGACGAAUUCUCGCCAAAAAAGCGUAAAAAAUCGUGAAAUCCUGACAAUGGGUCUCGAAGUGAAAGCCCGUAAAAAUUGCUCGAAAAAAAAGGAACCGGUGGAGGCCCCAAGCUUUUUCCUCAAUCGCUUUGAUAACUUCAAAAAACUGCAGCUUCUAUCUUUUUCACGCAUUGCUUCUACCCUUGCACAUGCUUGAUCAUUAAAUGUUUUUAUACUUUCCUUCCAUUUCUCGAAAAAAAACUUUAAGUCUAAAUUCAAGAAAAAAAAAAUCAAACAUGACGCGAUUUUUGGUUCAACACUUGUCAUCAUUCUAGAAAAAAAAAAAUCAACUUACUCAAAAAAUCUUUAUCCUUUCCGUUCGAAAAAUCAAAAAGAUAAUAAUUAUUGAUAAUCUAAAGGCUGAAAAAAAACCACAGGAAUAUAAUUAAAUUAAGAAGAAAAUGUCCCCGCAAAAUAUAUAUUGACCGUCCUUCUGAAACAAUAUCCUCAUCUUCAUUUUUUUCUUCAUCAACCAAAUUUCUAUAUUUUUAUUUUCAUCAUUUUCGUCUUGCUUGGUUUAUUUAUUAUUUUCUUGUCGAUUCUAAAUUUCCCACUCCUUUUAAGGAAAUUGAGAAAUCAAUGCUUUUUCUCCAAAAAUCAUACACCUGACCUUUUUUUUUUUUACCUCAACCUCUUUACCUCAAACUUGUUUUUUUAUAGAUCUCGAUCCGAACUCUGAUUCAGGCCUGAUUCUUCUUAUCUUUAAAAAAUAUAGUCCGCUUUAUUUUUCGGCAUUUUUGUCUUUGAAUCAAAAUUUAAGAGGUAAAAAUAUUCUCAAGGUUCAUUUUUUUUUGUAUUUGGGUAACACGGAACAGAUCGCAGUUUACUGUUCAUCGCUACAAGACCUUCCACGCAAAUCCACAUAAAAAGUCCCUUGCAAGGUUUUCCGUAUAGCUUACGCUCUGCGCCGUUUAAAAAUUUCCGGAAAAAAAAAAUCUAUUUUUGGCCCAUAUUCUGUCAUGUAGACGUAAAUCUUCACUUUUCAUCCUCACUGAAUUCUCCUCCUCCUUCUCCUCCUCCUUCAGAACGCUCAAAAAUCCCCUCCAGACGAACCCAGGUUCAGAUGAAGCGCCUUCAGUAGUGGUGGGGGCGAAAAACGCGACAGGCCGUUGCGUUUUGUCCUCGGACCGCGCCUCCCACUUUUGCGGCCUCGAUGAAGAAGGUUUCCAGUAGUACUAGUUGUCGUGGUCGUCGUCGUUGUCACUACUCAUUCCUCGUUGUAGAAACUCAUCGUCGUGUCGUGGGCUGACCUGAACUGGAACUCAUCUCUGAAACUCACCUUGGUGAAUAACCGGGUGGAAAUUAAAAAGUACCCCAAAAACAUGGAAAAUAACGCUUUACCUAACCUGUUCCAACCUGUUCUAAUCCCGAAAAUAUCUAACAAACCAUUGUGUCGUGCCGAAUGUGAUAUGGUGAAAAUAGUCGAUUCGAGGAAGAGACUCCAAUUUUGAAGAAAAACUGAUUUCCUAGUUUUUUAAAGGUGACAAGCUAACGGUUAGACUAUCGACCCAAAACCUUGAACUUUUCGAAACUUUGAAACUACUAGAUCUAGAUGUAAAGGUAAUUCAGUUCUAUCCGAUUCUCACUCUAAAUCAAAAAAAAAUUUCUUUUUCGAGUCGACUAUACCACGACUAAUGCGCUCUACCGUACUUGCUGGUGAAUUGGUGAUGGCUGUAUGAAUAUAUCGGGUCAGAAUAACUAUUGGAUGUUCGAGCAUGAAGUCUUGUCGUUGUUGUUUUUUUUUCUUUAACCUUUAUUGUUCCUGUCAAUUUUGGGUGUGUCUGGAAAAGGUGAAAACCGACGAAAUUUCAGUGUCGGCACCACCGAUACCGCCGCCAGACGAAGGCAAAUGUGUCAUCUCCAAGGUAUCGUUUCAUUCUGAAAUUUAUUCUAAAAUCAAAAGAUAUUAUAUAUUACAAUCCUCCUUCUUUUCCUUCAAACUAUUCAUUUUUAAUCGUUUUCAGUUAGGUAAACAUAGUCGCACUUGGAAUGGCUCAAAACGUCGCGGUCGGGUUUUUAACAGUAAAACUUCCAGCUCACUCCAAAAAUUUCCGAUACCAUCUUGCGAGAACCGUCGUUGAGUCGGACGCAUCUUUAACCAAUCUCAACCAAGCCAUUCCAAGUGCGACCGAGCGAUUUAACCUAUCAGGGUUUUCCGUUGCCUAACCACCAAAGAUUCCAGGUCAUGUAGAAGUACAAAAAUUUACCUUCUUGAUGAAACUUUUUGAAAAUUCUUACACCAGUUCCUCACCAAAUGAUCACCAAAAAAAAACGCAAAAAAUCUCGAUUUCAAGGCAUCUGGCCGCGAGAUCUGCUACCCAGAGUACAAGGAGCUCGACACGAGCUGUACAGACGUCCACGGAUCGUCCAACUCGCUCGUAGUCCCUCCAGUCGUCCCUCACGCAACGUAGACCAUUCAACUGGACUAACUUAAAGUGAUCACUUCAGGGUCCGCGCAAUGGCUUUUGUGCCGCCGGACAAUCUACGACGACUCGUAAUACAGUACUACCGACAGCAGGGCAAACACAUGCCGAAAAAUGCGACUUUUUCCCCAAAGUGAGGAUAAUUUCUCAAUACUAUUUCCUAUCUAAUUCCAAAGCUGACUCUGAUCUUCUGAUUUCACAAUUGAGGAACAGAAAAUCAAUAUUUCCAGGUCAUUCCUCUUCGUGAAAUACCACUGCGACUACGGUUACGAGAUGAUCGACGAGGUUGACACAAUGUUCUGCCAGGACAAACAGUGGGUUCUGACCCAGCCAGUUUGUCGAGGAAAAGGUCCAUUCGAAUAUUUUGAACUUAUCAAAACGUCCGCACUUUCCAGGCCUCUGCGCCGAGAACAACGGCGGCUGCAGUCACACCUGCAUCUCCUACAACGACGAGAAGAUCGAGUGCAAAUGCCCGCGAGGCAUGACCCUCGACGUCGAUGAGAAGACUUGUAUAAGUGAAUUUAACUGGAAUUUUAUGUCGGAAGAUCCAAGAACCUUUUUCUGCUUAUCAUCAUUGCUGUCUUCAAUCUCAAAAACAUCCUAUUUCCGUACAAGUACAAAAAACCAUUUUCUUUCCAGAACCAGUGCCCAAGCACCUGUGCCGUUCCCUAGCCGGAUGUUCGUGCACAGCCAUCAACGAAAAUCAGUUCUCUUGCACCUGCGCCAAGGGCAGCAAGUGUUUACGUGAGUUCGAAUAAAAUUAUUUUAUUUAUUUUUUUGUCAAACUUCAUUGAUCGUCCUGAAGCUCGUUAGGUCUUCAUAGGAUCCUAUAUUUUAACUUUUUUUUAUUCAAGCUACCAUGGUUCUUUUAUUUGGCUCCCUUUCGUUAUUAUUCAUCAGUUUGUUCCAUCGAAAUACAAUAUUCAGUGAUGGCGGGACCACCCAAACUCUACGUCGAGCCGCAGGGACCAUAUGAAGUAGCUCCAGGCGGAAAUAUCAACGUUACGUGCUCAACAGUUGCCUAUCCGUUUCCCGAUAUUUAUUGGACCAGGUAAGAUUCUCAAUUAGAAAAUUUAGGUCACUAUUUUCGGUAUACUUCUUUUCAGUACCUAUUGGUUAACCAGAGUUAAGACCAUUUCGCAGUUAGCUUUGAAGUAAAUAAACUAUUCGGCCUUCUGCUGAUCAGAAUUGAAAGUACCCCUUCUUUUCUUGGUUAGAGCACAUUUGACUGAACAAACGAGCUCCAUAGAACAUCAAAAAUCAACCAAAUUUACAGAGGCGACGAGAUCGUGGUCGGUGGAGGCGCUCUGAAAUCCGGCGCCGUCAAGAGCGACCAAAUCUUGAUCAUCAAGGAGCUGUACCGGAACUCGGAGUUCACAUGCCGAGCCAACAACACUCACGGCGUCGCCGAACGCAACGUUUCCAUCGUCAUCACAGGACCUGGCUCGGCUCCGAUUUUGAAGUCGGCCAGCGCCGGCAGGACCUCAAUCACGAUCCGUUGGGACCCGCCAGCGAUUAUCAACCGGCCAAUCACUACCUACACCGUCUAUUACACCAACAAUCCGCAUCAACCCAUCAAGAACUGGAAGAAGACUGAAGUUAAAGGUGAUAUAUAGUUAUUGCUUUAGGAUUUCAAGCUAGAGUAUACUUGACUUCACUGACCGAAAAAAAUUUUUAUUGAGCCUAUGAACUCCAUUUAUUUAACCCUGAAAAAGUUCAACUAAAAAUCUCAACUUUUACUUAGAACCAACACGAGAAGUGACCCUACAAGAGCUACGACCCGACACACCAUACUACAUACGCGUCCGAGCAAACGACCAGCUUGGACCUGGAAAACUAGGAAAUCAAGUCAAUAUCCGUUCUUUGAGACCAGGUGAAUAAAGAUUCUAAAUUUUCUAUCUUAAACUGAAAAUUUAGCUGUCCGGCCGUACGUUCAAAUCAGCGAGGGCGAAGAGUUGAAGGUUGUUUCUUACUAAUUUUUUCAACCAUUUUUUCUUAAACCGAAAAAAAAAGACUAGCAACUGAAGCCCUAUCACCGUUCCUUCAUGUGAAAAUUGUUUUUCAAGGUCGCUCCAAUGACGCCUUUCGAAAUCGCCUGCAACGUAACGAAAGCCGACCCGACGCCUGUUCUUGUCUGGCAGCACAAGUAACCAAAAAACUUAUGUAUGGAAUUUAAUUUUGAUGAAAAUUAAGAGGACGACCACUGAACAAAGGAGAACGGAGCAAUCACAUGCGGAUGCAAAACGGCGGAAUUAUCGAAAAUACUGUAUUUUCUUGUAUUGCUGAAAAUGAAGCCGGAAGAAGCACGAAACGGAUAAAUAUCACAGUCACUGGACCAAGUGCGCCGGAACGAAUUCGCUACCAGAUUGACGGCGACAAGGUUGGUGAAAAUUCUGAGGAAACUUUAUUUCGUAUACUUCAUUCACCGCUUGUUUGAGAUGAAAAUUCCAUCAAUUCCUUCUUUGACAGUAUCUAUCUGUUUCUACAAACUUGAAAUUUCGAUUUUUCUUUCCAACUGAAAACUUAAUUUUUUUGCUUUUUUUUCAAAAUGCUUCACCCAUUUUUGUAUUCUACUUAUUUUUUGAAAAAAUCAACAUUGUUUUCCCAAUUCAAAUUAAUUUCCAGGUAACUCUCCAAUGGGAACAGCCACAAAUUACCAACGGACCAAUGGCCGGCUACGACGUUCUCUACACUGAAGACCCGAAUUUGCCUCGAGAUGAAUGGAAGGUAAACCUUUUCAAAAACUUUUCAUGGAAACAAUCAACGCUCUCCCAUCAAAAACCGAGAAAACUAAAAUGUCUAAAUUUUAGGUACACCACAUCGACGACCCACACGCCAGAUCGACUACCGUCCCAAGGCUGAACGAAAAAACGCCCUACACUUUUGUGAUUGUCGGAAGGAAUCGUCUGGGUCCUGGACUUCCAAGCGCUCCAUUCAACGCCACGACUUGGCUGGCUUCCAAGCCACCGGUCGUCGAACUAUCGCCAGCCGAUGAAAUCGAAAAAACGCCUAGCAAUGACGAGCUCGUGAUCGAAUGCGAAGCCCAAGGAGUUCCCAAGCCGAAAAUCAUCUGGUUGUGGAGCGGUCAACUAGUGGAAGAUGGAAAGGUUUGUUAAAUUUUGAAUUAGCUUCGGACAGAUAUUUCACCCAAAUGUGAAGCGUACCAGCUCAAAAGUGAAAAUCAAGAGCGUUUUAAUGUGACUUGGAAUAACAAUUCAGCUCGAACUUCCACAUUUCUUAAAAUACUCACUCUCUUUCAGAACGGUUUUAAUGAGAUUUGAAGCCUAAUCAUUCCUAAUCUUAAGAUCAAAACUUCAGGACGAGUUCCGAAUCUACGACGUCACGCCUCACGAUGCUCAAGACAGAUCGAUCAGCAAGCUCACCGCCCAAAGUACAUCGAGAAGUGGCGUCGCUACGUGUCAGGUAAACCUAUAGUUCUUUAUUUCUUUUGGUUCUUAUGCAUUUUUUCUCUCACCGUCUUCGAGAACUUUUGAUCAUGAAUUUGUGGUUACCCAAGCUUCUUAGUACGUAAAUUGCAUUUUCCUUAAGACGAAAUUAUCUCAAAACUCAUUUUUUCCAGGCAGUCAACAGUGACGGAUCAGACGAGAAGAAGGUUCCAGUAAAAAUCUUAGGUCCGGGAAGUGCUCCGCUGAACAUUCUACCGACGCCUAUGCACACCGGCUUCGACAUUUCCUGGCAGCCGCCCAAGAUUCCGAAUGGAAGGAUCACGGUAACAUUCUCAAAACGCACAAGAACUUGGCUUGCUUCAGAACUACGUCGUCUACUACACGAAGAAUCCCGACUCCGACAUUGACGAAUGGCAAUCGGAGACAGUGCCCGCGGAGAAUCGCAAUCUGACAGUUCGUGUCGACGACGAGGACACACCGUACGUCGUCAAGGUCCAGGCCGUCACGGACGACGGACGCGGCAUCAUUUCCGACACGUACGAAGUCACAACUGGCCGAAAACGUUUGAAAAGGGGAUAAUAAACUUAAUAACCAUUUUCAAACUUCAGAAGUGCCACUGGCCGUCAGAAUGGAGAUCAAUGACCCGAAGAUUGCCGAUGGUGCGACUGAAACGAUGGUUGAACCAACCCAGCCGAUCCACUUCAGGUGCUCCUUUUUUCGUAGAUCUCUUUUAUUUUUGAAAUGAUUGUUAACGGAUAAACUAUUUUUGUUAUCAGACGGAAUUCCAUUGCUCCACAAGUAUUUCAAUCAAUUCUUCUUUUAUUUAGAUGUGUCACCGAUGGAAGACCGAUGCCAAGCGUCUCCUACAGUUGGCUACCCCUCAACGCUACUGAAGGCGGCGAUGUAACCUUCGAAUUAUUUUUUUUUUGAGAUCAUGAAUUUUUUGUAGGAGCCCGUACCAAUCCCCAUCAACGCCGAUGACCAACAGCCCCACCGCUACAACUCCAUCCAGGUUCCUUUGUACGAUUUUUCUUAAAUAACUUCGAGUUAAGGUCUACGCCACCACUGCCACGAAACGAAUUUUGCUGUGCCAAGCAAGAAAUGCCGACGGAACUGUUGAGGACCGUCACGUCUUCAUUGUUAACAGUAAGUUUUUCCAUCAUAUAGUUGCAGUUCUUGGAUAUUGUCAUUACUAUUAUUAUAGUUAGCUCCAAAAACGAUUGUUCAAAGGGGCACGUCAAAAUCACAAAAAGGUUUUGAGAAGAAGAAUUGAUUUUAAUCAUAUUUCAGGUUUUCAAACAUUUUUUUUUGUUUUCGUUCAAGUGUGUAAACCGUAUUGAAUCUGAGAGAGAGUUUCCAACCAAACAUAUUUUCAGAACCUGGCAGCGCGCCUCAAAACGCCGAAGUCAUCGUGGACCCUGAUAAUCGCGUCACGAUCACUUGGCAACCUCCCAAGCAUCCCAACGGCGAUAUCACGGUACCUCACUUCCUCAUAUCCAGUUUCAAGAACGAAUUCCAGAAAUACAACGUCUACAUCACCCAAGAUCCAUCAUUACCCAUCGAACAAUGGCAAAUCUAUUCGGUUGACGAGGUCGAAGAUCCGAAAUUGGUUCUUCAAAGGGGAGAACUCCUACCAGAAACUCCUUACUACGUGAAAAUCGCCGCAGUGAAUCCGCAUGGCGAGGGAAUUCUGACGGAUCCGAAACCAUUUGAAACUGUCAGUGGAGGUAUGAGAGGAAAAGUGUUGAAACAGGCUCGUAAUAUUGACUUUAGCACCAAUUGACGCUCCUACCGACGUUCUGCCGUCGGUGGCCAUCGACAACACUGUCAACAUCACUUGGUCGCCUCCUUCACAGCCUUUGGGUCCGAUUAAGGUACUCAAGUUUGUUUAGGAGAAGCGCAGACCUUUCAAAAAAAAAAAACAAUCCAAUGAUCUUCCAUACCAAUAUUUUGGCUGAGCGUGACUGAAAAUCUACGCUAAAAACGGAGCCCGUUUUCCACAAAUUUAUCCAGAGAAUUUCUCCAUUUCAGAGCUACACGGUCUACUUCAAUCGGGACGACGGAACCGGCGAUGAGGACUACAAAAAUUGGCCUCGCGUCGUUGUCGAAGCCACUGGCGACCACGGAUUGGUCACUCUGGACAAGGAUCAACACACAAUCUAUCCUAACACUCCCUACAAGGUACUGAAAAAUGGAAACAGUAGCCUUGUGAGAAAACAAAGUUCUUCAGGUCCGAAUCUCCGCAACCAACGACCUCUCGGAAGGACCGGCGUCUGAAGCGACACACUUUGAGACUGGAAGUGGAGGUUUUUAUGAACAAAUUGGACUUUGAAAAAAGUAAAAAUCCACAGAAAUCCCGCCUACGAUCACAUUGGAGCCACAAAACUCGACCUAUUUGGUGCCGCCAAGAGGAACUGUCACCAUCACUUGCAGUGCUCAAGGAGUUCCACAACCGACUGUUCGAUGGACCAAGGAAAAUGGCGAGGAAGUUGAAGGACCGACGAUCGUCUUGUAUGACGUCACAAAGGUACAAAAUCGCUGAAUCCUCCGUUCCGAAGAAACUUCCUGAUUUUUCAAAAAUUCGGUUCUUCGCUUCUAAUGGAGAUUAUAAGAUGGCGAAUACGGCAUAUUAUUCAAUUAUUUUCCUCGCUAGUUAGAAAGGUCCUCUUAAGAGAACUCACGAACUUUUUUGAAUUUUCUCGGAAAAACCAAUUUUUUGAGGACACCAGCGCAAUCUGCUCGGCGAAGAACAACGCAGGAAAGACGCAAGAAAACGUACACAUUAUGGUCACAGGUAAGCCUAGUACAAGAUUUUCACCUAUAACAUUAUUAGGCCCCGGCUCGCCACCCAAUGAAAUCGUACUGUUGCCGAUGCCAAACCAAGAAAUCAACGUCGAAUGGACGACUCCUGAUGACGUCAACGGCCAGAUCACUAAUUAUGUUAUCCAUUUUGCGGAAGUUGACGAAGGCGAGUUUAAUGAUUAGGUUUCAGAAGCCCGUUAUCAUUAUUUUUUAUAAGCAGCUUGAGAGGACCAUAUGAACUUCAUUUCGAAAUGUGUUAUGUUAGAUGUCAAGUCAUAGCUGAAAACUCCACCCUUUAUGUCCAUUAUUUAAACGUCGAGUUAUAGCUCAAACUACGCCCCUCAUUCCCCUAUUUUGGAUAUCAAGUCAUAGCUAAAACUCCGCCCUUUAUGCCCCUUAUUUAAAAACAAAGAACCAGCCAUCCACAGAGCUUUUUUGGCGGCGGAGUUUGCUGCUUGACAUUCAGAAUCUGAACAAACUACAUCUCUAUCGAAAUGAAAAAACUUAUACAAGACCAAAAUUUAGAAUUUUCUGUCAAUGCUCUCAAAAUCCUCUAUUUUUCAAAUUUCAGACGGAAAAGAACCGACCGAAUGGAAGCAGGUGACGAUCGGCAGGGAGGACGUCAAUCACAAACUAUCGGAGCUCGAGCCGAAGAAGAAAUUUGCCGUCAAAGUCCAGGCGAUCAGCGACCGAGGCCCCGGUGUCAUUUCGGCGCCACAAAUCAUUACGACCCUACCUAAAGGUUCAUAUUUAUUUGUUGUUUAUUUUAUUCCCUAGUCCAUUUUUCGGCUUGAUUUUUAAAUGCAAAGUACAGUGCUUAGAGUUUCCUUGUUAAAAAUACCGACAGAGAUCGAGAAAGAUAACGCAAAUUGAAAAUGUCCAACUUCAGAAAAUCAGUUUGAACGCGUCUUAAAAAUUGCCAAUUGAAAAUGCGGAAACUUCGAAUUGGCAACAAAAACGCGCCGCGACCGCUUUGCACAUAUGCUGCGUUUCGAAUCAAGAAGAGAAAAAUAUUCACCACGAUUUUCAGCACCGGAACAAGUGAAAGAGCCGCACGUCACAGUUCACGACAAUAACACGGUGGUCAUCGAUUUUGAGCCGCCCGUUGAUCCGGAGAAUCCUGAUAAGCAUAUCAAGGUUUGUGAGAUAUAGUCGUUUCAGAUUUUGAACGUUAAGUCAUAGCUCAAACUCCGCCCCUCAUGCGUAAAUCAAACCGAUCAGAAAAUCUGCUAUCCACAGAACUUUAUUGGGGGCGGAGUUUACUGCUUGACAUUCGUAACCAGAACAGACUAUAAAAAACUGUCGAAAUCUUGAAAUCGUGAAAAUUUGUCCAAAAGAUUAAGGUGAUGAAAAAGAACAAGACCAACAUAGUUGUUUGAAGGACAGAAAAAAUAAACUUUAAAAAAUUGAAAAUCAACAUCAGAUCCAAAAAAUAGGGCAAGUUUGCCAAUACUCUUUCCAUACGGCGACAUAUCAAUAUGGUUUAAAAAAAUCAAUCAAAAAUUUAGAAGACGUAAAAUAUUUUAAUUAUGCCUAAAACUGUGACCAACUAUUGAUAAACUUCGAAAAAUGUUUUCACCUCAAAGAAUUCAAUAAAUGAAGGAAAGCCUUGUUGUUCCAGGACUUUAUCAUCCAAUACACGGAGGACGAUCCGUUGAGUGAAGACACCGACUGGAAAGAACUCAAAUUUGUGGAUCCUGAUGAUACGGACGACAAAGCGGUAUUCAUCUUUCCGAUAAACUGAAAAAUACAAUUAUUAUUUAGACGGUCGUAAUUGACGGCGAAAACUUCAAUCCGGACAAGAAGUACAACGUGAGGAUCAUCGCCCGCGGCGAAAUCGAUUCGACGCCGAGCGAGCCAAAAGAUUUCAACACCGGCGAUGGAGGUAUGAACUGAAAUAUAUAAUGGGUUGAGAACAAAUCAUAACAGAAAAAUAACGGGAACGUAGAAAAAAUCAAACGACAGAAUUUUUGGGGAAUUACUCGAACAUCUGACUACUUGGGAAGAAAAAAGGCACGAAAAGAUACCUUUUAAAAAUAUAAUAGAAAUUACAAAAUUGUCUCUCAUGAACAAAAAAAUAUAGGUCACUUAAUUUUGAAUUUUUUCGUGUCUUCGAUAAAUGAUAGGAAUAUAAAUAACUUCUAUAAAAAAAUGUUAAAAUUAUAAAAAAAUUGGUGAAAAAAAUACAUGAAUUUGCUUCCAAAGCACUUCGACCACACAGGAAUAUUUCUACACUUUCCAUAAUUUUUCCGAUGAAUCAGCUAAGAACAACCGAAACAUCAAAAAAAUUGAAGGAAGAAAUUACAUAAAAAAAUAUGAGAACAUUUCAGACUUCAAAAAUUUUUUUGAUCAAUGAGAACAAAUAUGCGCGUCGAAUAUGAUGCUUCCUGCAUACACGCCCACGUGGAUUCACAACCCACAAAAGAAAACUCAGAAGAAACUGAAAAAGAACAUAUUUUCAAAGACACAAAAAACCUUCACAUAAAGAAAAAAAAAUGUUCAUUUCAGUUAUCGCACCCAAAAAGCCGACAUUCAACGUCAACACGGAUAAUGGAACAAUUCGUGUACCGGCGGGGACCGAUUAUCAGAUCACUUGCCUUUCCGAAGGCUUCCCACCGCCCUACAUCCGAUGGGUCGAUUCUCAUGGAAAUGUUUUUGUUUUUCUCAAUGAAUCGUGUCAAUUUUCUCCUUUUGCAGCAGCUUUCCGAUGGACCAGUGCUCAGGAUAAUUGACAUCAGGAAAACGCUCAACGCAAAAUGUUUGGCCGAGAAUCGAGGCGGCUUAAAGGAGACGGAUCUGACGGUCUUUGUUGCUGGUUCGUUGUUGAUUCAUCAUGUCUUUGGAUUACUCUAGGAUUUCAUAAGCUCAAGCAAGGCUGUGGAAGGUAGAACCAGCCAAAAAAGGCUAUAAAGGCCAUUAAAAAGGCAGCAUAAAGGAAAUCCCAUUUUUUUAGGAACAGUUGAAGGCAACCUUGCCAACAGUACCUUUUAGAAAAAAAAAUUCUAUUUAAAGGACCCGGCACGGCGCCAGAAAACAUCGUGCUCAGCGCCAACAAGCCGACGACGAUCACAGUUCAGUACGAUCCACCUACGAUUCCAAAUGGAAACAUCACCAAGUACAUCAUCUACUACACACCUUUGGAUGACCAGGUGAGAAGUGAAAAAGACCUUUUCCAAAGUUUUGAGCCAGCCAGGGAAAGUCGAGUUUGGGUACCUUAAACAAAGCAUAUCCAGUUGAGCUUCUCCAUUUGAGAGAUUCACAACUAAAAACUUUUUUGACCAGAAAAUCAGAAGCAUUUUUCAAUAGGAUGCAAUGUUCCAAUGUUUUGGUGGAGGAAAAUUUUUUCGAAAUGUGCUUCAUUUUUAGUUAAUAUUGAUCCUUAAAACCUCUUACCGCCGAAUUUCCAGGACCCCGCCCACCAACUCGGCCAAGUUCAAUCGAAGCCGAUCAACGCUUGGCAGAACGUCCAUGACGUCAACGAUAAGGAAGGACCUCGGAAGGUGGACAUCAAGGACUUUGUCCAGACCGACACCGCCUACGCUGUCGUCGUGCAGGCCAUCAAUGACGACGGUCCGGGGCCCUACUCCAAUCAAUACACUGUCAGAACCAUGUCCCGCGGUAAGCUUUUUUUCUAGGGAGAUAAAUUUGAGAUGUUUUUAAAAACCGGAAUGUUUUGAAAAGCUUCUCGUUAAAAUUUUUCCAGUUGCAUCAACUCUGAACAUUUGCUCUGUUGAAGCCAGCCUUACUAAACCUACAAGCUCUGAGAACUCAUUCCUAAUCUUCAGCUCGAGAAGGACCUCCAGUAGACCUGCGAGUAGAGCCGGAUGGACAGAGAUCGGCGGCGGUCGAAUGGAAGGAGCCGACGACGUCGGAUGUGCCGCCAAUCGGCUACGAAAUCUUCUACAUUCUAGGAAACAAGAGUAUCGACGUCGACGACAGCGUCAGCAUCACUGAUUGGUUAGCUUUAUUAACUUUUACUGUCAAAAUAAAAUACGACUGGGUGAGAAAGAUUCUCAAUUUUAAACUUUUUAAGACCCCGCUCAUAAUACGAACAUCCGUCGAUCUUAGAAAAAGUUUAUAAAACAUCCUAGGGACCGCAAAGCCACGCCCCUUUUCGCGAUAGAAAAAGUGGCUUUUUUUUGGUUUUCAACUUUCAUUUUGCUGUAGUUGCAAAAUAUGUGGAACUGGAUAAUAAACUUUGACACACAUGUACAGAAAAGCUUCCUCUUUCGUUUAAAAAAUAUUUCACGCUUUUUUGAUGCGUUCUCGCGGAAUGUCGUACAAAAACGUGAAUGGAACUAAAAAUUUUUGUCGUUUUUUGCUUUUUCAUGUGUUUUCAGGUCGAACGCACUCUUUCUUUUUUUAUAUAAUGGUUCUGAUUCAAGUAACGGUAAUUUUAAAACAAUAAAAUAAAAAAUUCGUCUUUGCCAAAAAUUUUAGGGAGUGCCGAAAGUCAUAAUUCAAAAUAUCGUUAAUAAGCGAAUAUAAUCGAGUUUUUUUGUUUUUUUCAAAAUUUAGACCAUGGGCUUACUUAAAUUUUUUUCUCCACAGCAUCUGUGUUUGAAAAAAAGUUGUGUGAUACGCAAAAAAAUGCUCUUGAAAAAUAGAGAAUAAAAUUAGCGGCGUUUAUCACACAGAAAGCGGUCGAACGCAGGUUUUUUUCAAACGAUUAUAUACAUUUAUUAGUAAAAAAAUCUUUCAAUUAAAAAGAAUAAAAAUAAAAAAAUUCGUCUUUGCCGAAAAAUAUACGGGGCCGUUUUAAUGCAGCGAUCGUUAAAUGAGGCAAAAAAAGCACUGAAAAAAACAGUUUUUUUCGAAAUGAUUUUCCACGAAACGUUUGAGUAAAGAUUUGCGAACAUAUUCUGAUAAAAAUAGCUUAAUUACUUCAAGUUUUUCUUUUUGAAAUAGGCAAUCUGUGCUAUUUAAACGGCUCAAGGCUAAGGCGGAUGGAAGCUCCCCGCGUUAGACCUGACAGCUUGGCGCAGUGCGUGCGCUGCGAUUUUUCAUUUUGAGGUCGCGAGUUCGAUACCCGCAAGCGUCAGUUUUUUGUUUUCUGCAAAAUACCGACUUUUCCGGCAAAAUAGCUGAUUAGCAUCAUUUUAGCACUCUAUUAUAAUUUGUUACAUCAUAAUAGACCAGUAUCAAAACUUGUUCUAGAAGAAAAAUCGAGAAAAAUGUCAAAAAUGGAUAAUACCAAAAUUUCAGUACUAAAAAAAUGGUGCGCGGCGCGCCACAUUUUUUGUCAUAACUUUUUUCAUCCUCAAUCUUUUUUGAAAAACUAAACGGUUCUGAGUUUUGAAUCGAAACAGCUAUCAAACCAUACAUAGCUCAAUGCUGAAAAAAAUUUUUUGAAAAUUCGUCUGCGGUCCCUAAAACAUCCUUCCAGGUCCAAAAUCACCAUCGACGACCCCUCAAAGCUGUCCUACAAAAUCCAAAACCUGCUGCUUCCCGACACCGACUACGUCUUCAAAAUGCGAGCAAUCUAUCCAGACGGCCCAAGCGUCUUCUCUGAACCUUGCAUCAUGAAGACGCUUCCUGAUGGUACUAAUCUUAUAUCACAUUCACCACGAACUAAAACGGUCGCUCCCUUGUUCUGCCAUGUUUUUCUUUGUUUCUGCUACCUCGAGAAGAGAGCGCAGACGCGGUAGACUAUUUCAAAUAGUUAUCAAUCCUGGAAGGAACUUCCUCUCUUCUGAAGCCUCAAGUUAGCUCCAGUGAAGUCCAGAUUUUUUCGAAAACUUCAAAAAAAUUCAGAAAGAAGCUCUUUACUGUCAAACUUUACUGUUGAUUACAGGAAACGCGCCCUACAUCCAAAUUUCCACUGGAGACAAUGGAAUCGAAGGCAGCACUACGAUUCAGAUUCUACCUGGCUCGCAAAUGAAUGUGGCUUGUAAUGCUACCGGAAUACCUCAGCCACAAGUCAAAUGGAUCAAGGCCGGCAGCUAUGAGAUCGAUCCGAGCAGAGUAAGUCUAUAGUCAGCCGUUUUUAAGCUCAUAAAAGGUACAAGACGCUUCCAAUGGGUUGGGUUUUACACAUCUUUUCAAUAUUAUCCCAGUUGUUUCUUUCUUGAUCGAAAGUUCGCACUUGUAAGCUUCAAAGAAAAAACUCCUGAUUCUCCUGAUGAAAGUGGAGAAAAUAAAGAAAAAAGACUUUUUCUCAGCUUAUUAGUCCCUUCUUACCAAAACCUCAUAGCUCCUUCCGGACUGAUUGAAAUUAGAAAACCUUACGCGAUUCAAUUUUUCUCAGGUCGAAGCCGAGGGAAACUAUGCCAAAUUCUCGCUGACAGUUUCAAAUAUAACCGAAGAUACGACAUUCAACUGCGUCGCACAGAAUCCACUGGGACAUGCGAAUUGGACAAUCAAUGUCAACUUGAUCGAUGGUGCGUUUUGAAAAGAGAUCGAGAGUCGAGAGCUUCUUUUGUUUCAACACCGUGUUGAAACAGUAAAAGGCUCCUGACGUUUCUGAGCAGUUUUAGGGAUCACUCAAGAAUACUGAGGCUACUAAAUUAGUUACUAGUAAUGCUCCGACACAUCCGGGGCGCGACCAACGUCAGAGUAAAAAGACGAUUCUUGAAAAUUUUCGUUGGAGCGCAUUUGCAUAGAAGCACUGCGGGCUUUCUUUCAUUUACAGUGUUUUUGGUAGGAAAUAACUACGAUAGCAAGAGCGACACAAGAUAAAUUUGCUUAUUUCUAUAAGAUCCUAACCCAAAUCCUCCACAUAAGUCCCAAAGAAACCAAACUUUCAGGCCUUGAACCAAACUGGCGGGACGAUUUCGUUCGCUCGAAGACAGAAGGUGGUCAAACCGUCUUGGUCUUCACCGACGACUUGCCAGACUAUCUAAAGACACCGGUAAAUCUACAUAACUCUUCUAAAAAUGGUCGAUUCUUCACAGAAUGAAUGGACAAUCUACUACACCGACGACGCCGAGGAACCGAAAGAUCAAUGGGAGCAGAUUCCAUCAGGAGGAGGACCGCUGAAUCGCGUCGAAGUGCCCGACAUGAACCCUGGAACCUACUACUAUUUGGUCGUUGAUAACCCUGAAAAGGGCAUUCAGACGCCCACACUCGUCGUGAUGACGCCAAGUGAGUUUCUCCAGCCUUUCUCAGAUUCUGAUGUUCUUUUUAGAGCCCCCAAGUGACAUUCGAUUCGGAAAGAACAACGACGACGAGCAAAUUAUCGAUUUCAAGCCAGCGAUCGCUUCAGAGCCAAUCAAGGUUCCUUUUUCCUGGAUGAAAGUUAAAAUUGAGAAAAUCAGGAGUACACAAUCAAAGCCUGGAAGUCAGAUGACCCGUCAGAUUCUAAGACUUUCCGCACACCGACGGAUCAGACUAGUGGGGUCGUACUUGACGGCCUAGAACCUAACACGGACUACAGCAUUCAAGUAAGUUUUUUGAAAAUACUCAUUCCAUGACAAAACGAACUGCUAAAGAAAAAUAUUUUACACCUUGAUUGUUUUGAAGCUCAACAUUUAAAGCAUUUAACUCGAAAUACAUCUAGAACAAUAAAAAAAAACAGAGUAAGAACUUGACAAGUUUGCCAACAGACUCAGAUUGUGAAGUUCAUUUUUUUCUCCGGCAAUCUUUCUCUGGUUUAUUUUUCACAAUUUUCUGUCUAAUACUAAAACAAAGUAUUGAAAUAAAGGUUGCCGCCGAGUUCUACGAGGGUGAAGACUUGCCGAGUGAGCCCAUCUACGUCAAGACGCCUCCCCGAGGUAUACGAAUCCCCUGACCCAUUCCGAAGAAUUAUCUUCAGACGUCUCCUGCGAUUGCGAGCACGCAUGCAGUUUCGAAGACGUCGAUGGGGAGCUGAAGCCGCAAUGCUAUUGUCACAACGGCUACCACCUCGCUGACAAUGGAAAAUCUUGUGAGCGGGACCUUGACGACGCGACAUCGCAGAAAGUUCUAACGGUAUGA